AUUGUCGGGGAAGACUUAUUAGCACGACACGAGAGGUCCGGGUACCCAGUUCAUAUACUUAAGGACUUACACACGCUUGAUCUUUCUUUUUGACUCAAGACAUGGAAAGAGUGUAGCUUUAUAAAAAAAAUAUACUUGUAUCUUCAAACAAAAUUCUCUGGAAAAUAAGAUUUUACUGUUUAGUAUUUUGCAGAUUCAGUUAAACACAUUUGUAAUAAUGGAUACAAAAGCUAUGGUAAUCUGCGGAGCGGCACUCUUCUUAGCAAUUAUCGACUUGGCCUUCACAGAUGACGGAAAAUUAGUGGACUCAGACCAGGCGGAGAUAAAAAAGAGAAUGGCCCCGGAAAUAGCCUAUGAAGGGUACAACCCCUACGCUGACCUUUCCGACGAAGACUUAGCUGAGGUCAUAAAACGCGGAAGUCUUCUUCGCUUCGGAAAACGUGGCAGUCUUCUAAGAUUCGGAAAACGCGGAAGUCUGCUCCGGUUCGGCAAAAGAAGGUCAAUCCUGCGAUAUGGAAAACGUUUCGACGACCAAGAUGAAAAUAUGGAAUUGCCCCUUGAGGAUUACGCUGAUGCAGGAGAUGAUGAUAAAAGAGGAGGUUUAUUCCGUUUUGGAAAAAGGAGGGCUCUUUUCCGUUAUGGAAGAAGCGCGGACAAACCCCACACACCCUUCAGGUUCGGACGGGAGGAAGAAUAUUAAGAUAACUUGAUCUUAAGAUCUUAUAAAUAUUCAUAUAUUUUUAAAAACAGGUGAACGUUUCUGUGAUGACAAAUAACUGAUUUACUUCAGCUGUCAAUCUUUACCUGACAUACGAAAUGUAUAUAGAGCUGGGCACGUGACAUUUAGUUAGUAUUAAUCAGUUUUCUCCAAAAGACGGUUACAGUUGUUCGACCACUCACUGUGUGUGAUAACACUCGUCAUAUAUCAAGUUCUAGAUUACGAGAUCGUGUCGGACCAAUCAUAUUUCUUUUCUGUAAGCACGUAUAUCUGAUGUGUAAAUAAAACAUCCGGAAGAGCGUAAGAUACACAAUUGUUCGCGGAAGCUGACUUUGUGAAGGCAGUGAUAUGCCUUUUACUUUCUGUACAUUAUCAUCAUUUUGUUACGAGCCGCGCAACAAAUUAAUACGGCUGAUGCCAGGGAUUAUAUAACAUGUUUAACUACUGACAUUCGUGUGGUUUUUAUGCGAAUCUUAAUGUCGACAGGAAAUGACUAAAAAAAAAUGACAGUCGCUGAAAAAAAUCAAUAUAAAUAAUGUACCUUAUAGUUAAAAUCCAAUCUACAUUUUCUCAAAAACGUUUGCAAAAUCUUAUUUAAAGAAUAGGUAAAUAUUUUAUACAUAAACAAACACGAACACGUGAUAAAGUGAUGACGUCACUGCAAUAGAUUGUUGUUUUUGUUUUUAUGUUAUUAUGUUAGACUGAUGUUUUAAGUCAUUUUGUUCUCAUUUGUUUAUGUCACUCGUUCGCCUUACUCUGACAAUACUCUGUAUCAUACAUAAUAUGUACCUCCCUUUUUUGUUUGUUACUAUUAGUUAUUAAGUUUUAAGUUGAUAAGCGUCUGAUGGAGCCGGACCAAAAAUAAAAAAACCUUGUUUACGACACCGAAUCAUUGUAAAAGUAAAAUAAAAGCAAUUCCAAAAAUAUAUGUUUAUACGAAUGCUUAAAAAGCUCUUAAACAAGCAAAAGGUUAAUUGGAUAUAAAUAUACUCUUUAUAUACUUAUAAACGGAAAUAUUUGAUUAGCAUUGGACACGUCAUGGGUCAAAAGGAAUCCAGUCAUACAGACUCAAACUUAUAUUAUAUUGUAUCUCUAUCACCAAGAAAAUUGAUCAGACAAAUCAACGAUGUUGGUCAUAGUGACACUAACUAGAAAGGCGUGUCUUUAGAACAGGACCGUCUCUGACUGGUCACUUGGUCAAUAUUGUUUUGUCCCUCAUUGUUCUCUGCGAUGUAAUCUGAUAGGUUGGUAUUGUUGACGUAUCCAUAUCAAGAAAAAUAAAGUUUAUAUUAUUGUA